CGAACUGUUAUUGUAACUGACGUCGGUGCGAUUCGGUGUUGGUUUACUGUAGUCGAACCAUAUUUGAAGUUCACACAGUCACAAUGGCAUUUUGUUGUCACUGGGGACGAGGGAGCAUUUAAUUUUAUGGGAUAUAAGAAAUGAUCCGUCACGAACGCUUGACAUUGGUGACGAGGGAAGUCUUUUUGCAGAGCACUUGUACGCCCGCGAUGCCGCCUUGAGUAAGGGCAAGAAGUGGAAAUGCUUUCCAAUUUCUCGAGGAUUCGAGACUACGGCUUCUCACUGACGACAUGCGGGUUGUGCUAGGAGGAAUUCCCUCCGGUGGAGAGAACACGAUUGUCAAGGAUCUGCUCCAUCUGAAGUCCAAAACUGACCUGAAGGCACUAGAAGAAACUGGAGAGUUCACCACACGAUUUGCACAUAUGCAUCCAGUUCAUCCUCAACAACAAACUCAUGACUAUGUUGUCUAUUGAGGUUGUCAUAAAUCGAGCCUGGAUUCUUAUGUUGCCGAGCCGAUCCAGACGCAGAUAUGGUGGACUAGCUCAGCUCCUGGCUGGAAUGUGUGGGAGAUGUCAGCUGGAAACACUUUCGGAUCUACAGCUUUCAGCUCCUACUCAGCAGUCUGGAUUCGCUGUCAUCUAAAUUCGUGCCUCCGGAGUAAGUAUGUGCUGGAAUUGUGGCCAGCGAUUCUUUGGUUGACUGGAACGAGGAUCUGGAUCUCUGGCUGCUCGGAGGAAUCCCUCUUCACUUUCAUGAUAUGGCAAAUACAAAAAUGCUCAGGACUCUCUUUCUAUGUCGAACAAAAGAUACAUUCUCCUUCCGACGAUCGGACAAGUCACCUUGGACAAGCUUAUAACUCAUAUUUGGGGUUAUAACAGCUGCCACUGCCUGGUUUUUUACUUUGGCUCAAAUCGUCAAGAAGAAAAAUCAUUCUUCGAACUUCCGAUGGGAGACUUCCCUGCUCCAAAACGCGAAGACAAGCUCAGCCUAAAUAUUGGAACUCCGCUCCAAAAAUCAUUUUCAAGUUACCUGUUCGGACCUCCCUUUCGGGACUAUGGAUUGGUUGAAAAGUCUUAUUUGAAAGAAGCAGAUUGGUGUUGGUGUAGUCCAACUGUACGACUUCGUACUGAGAUUAUCAUCAUUUACUUGGUUUCCUGAUUCCUCAUUCGGAUGGUAGGUUCAGUUGGAAAGGCUUUCGUCUAUGUCCUUAUGAAAAAUCACGCAUCGAGUUUCCACCAUAUGUUCAACGAACCCGAACACCACAUGUUGAUCAACGGUUCAUGACCUCAUUAUACUUUUUAAUAAAGGCUCGUCCUCUGAAAUUCUACGACCAGAUACACCUGAUAGCGAAGAAACUCAAGACAAGAAAAUCUUCAGUC